CGGAAGGGUAAGACGGCGCUGGCAGGCUGGCAGCCUUAACCCAAUUUCCCUCGGGAUGAAUAAAGUAUGAUCAAUCAAUCAAUCAAUCAAUCAUAAAAGUUCCAGUACAUUUUUCAUUUGAAUGGUUCUAUCUUGUCACCCAAAGGCCAAAUUUUUAAUGCAUUAUCCAUUUUCCUUAUAAAUUGAAUUGUAGUUCUGCAAAUAUUUACUUAUUUUACAUUUAACUGUGUAAAACGAGCACCUUUUCAGAAAUGCUGAGAUGAUGGAGGGACAUGCUGGAGGAUAUACAUCUAUCUCUCUUGCUCUUUCACAUUUUUGCAAAAUGGGUGUGAACCCAUUGAUGUCAACUAUGCAACAAUUAGUUUUUCUGUGCCUUAUGGUGUAAUUAGCCAGUACAGCAAUAUUUUACAAUACACACCAGUACUGUAUUAUGCAUAUGCUGUAUAUGGUGCCGUAGGCGGUACUGCAAAUGGACAUUUGUUCCAUAACUACUUGUUCUCUGUGGUAAUUCUCCACAGCCACAGGAUGAGGUCCUUUGGGCAUUUGGCCAGGAUGUCUCCAGGGCAGCACCUAGGUGAUGCAUUUUGGACGUGCCCCACAGUAAGGAGGCCCCACAAGAGACCCAUAUGUCAAUAUACAUGUCUGCUGCCUAUAAAAACAUGUAUCAGGUGAUGUCAUCCUGACUACAACCUGUUAUUCACAUACUGCACCUCCAUAAAGAAUAUAUUUGUACUAUAGAAAAUAAAAGCUAGAAAACAAAUUAUUAGUAAUCAUUAAUUACAGGUCAUCUAUUUCUUAACACCCUUUCAUGACAGAUGAGUGUUUCCUUUUUUUAUUGUCACUGAUGCUUCUGGUGAGAAUAUCUCAUAAACAACACGGGGCAGGUUCACUAUAACCAAAACCCCAGACUCACAGUAAACAUCAUGCCACUGUUGUAAGAUACAGCAUCCACAGCAGUGUAAAGUUAAGGAAAGUUUCUUCAUAUUUCAGAGGUCGCUCAGCAGAGAAUGAUUUAAAAGUGUAUGCAUGAUGUGGACUGUUAAAAUUGAUGACAAUUAGCACACCAAAAUAUAAUCAAUGCUAUUUUUUUUUUUAUAAAGAAGGAAAACACAUUUUCCUUUUUCAUUUAAAUAUAAAUUUUUAGAUUAAUUAAAAUUAAAGCCCAAUGCAAUGCCAGCUUCUAGCUUUGCUUAACGGUGUGUAGAACAAACCUGAUGACAUGAACUCCCAGAAAACUUAAACAUCAGCCAAACACAUCCAAGCAUUGAGGGGUGUGAGCAAAACAAACAAAACAAAGCUGACUGAUCCCAAAAACAGUUGGUUAUUGCAAUAAACCCAAGAGUUAUUUCUCAGAAUGUUUUACUAUGUUAUUGGUUUAUUCUGAGCAACAUGAAGGUUAACAGAGCGAGAAUUUUUUUCCUGAAGCAAAGUGAUCAUUACAGUCUCAAUUGUUUGAGUUUGUACGGAGAUUUCUCCACAACAUGUGCUGUCCACAAUUAUUGACAGUCGGAUAUAAUAAGUUGCUUUAUUUGGAAAUGUGCAGGGCUCGUCUCUGUCAUCGUUUGACAGAACUGCACCAUCAAGAUGUGGCAAUUCCCAAAUUGGCCAGCAGGUGUCACUGUGGAGAUGGGUUUCAGAUUGUUUCGAAGCCUCGACACUAUUGCGGCACAAAUGGUUUCAAUUUUUCAGUGUUUUACGAAGGCUCGGUUGGCCCAUCACUAUUUAUAAGGUUUUUGGAAAGGAAAGGCAAUGAAUACAGAGUGCCAAUCACACAUGAACAGGAACAGAAUCUCCUCCACUGUCUCACACACAGAAACGCCAGGCUUCAAGGCAACAACAGAAACCAGACUUACUGAUCAGAGAUGGUCUUUCUGGUUUUGAAGUGGGCCGCAGCACUCUUGUCUUUGGGAAUGGCUGCACUACAAUGACUUUACACUCAGCAGCCGUUUGGAGGAACAUGUUAGAGCCGUUUAGUCCUGUACUCCUCCUGCACAUGUGCUGAAGUUAUCAUAAUAACGUGCAUGCGUACGAGAAGGUUUUAGUUCAGUUUUGUUGGCAUAAUCAGAGAAUGAUAGGUAUGCACCACUGACUCAUGUGAUGAGUAAAACACCUGCAUGGUAUGCACCUUACCGAUUGUUUCUAUCAUGGAGACUUCAGUCUUUGCUUUCAGUUUAGGUUAGGUUUUCUUUCUAAUUCUAUUUAGAAAUCUUAUGUUUUCAAGAUUGUCCUAAUUUGUGCCUCUGCCUCUGUACUGUUCCUCAUUUCUGUUUUACUUCUAGUUGAUUGUGGUUAGAUUUUAUUGUCAUUGCAGAGUUUAUUAUUGGGCAUUCCUGCUUGGGUUCAUUGUGACUCUUUAGUCAUUUCUGUUUACUUCUUGUUAUUUUAUAAUCCAGAUAAUGUUAGUGUUAAGAGUUAUUUAAAGGUAUAUCCUUGUCUUUUUAUGUAUUUAAGACCAGCCUCCUCUAGUGUUUCCUCGUAUGCCAUUGUCAUAUCUAUUUAGUGGUUUGUUUACUUUCUGUUUUAUCUGAAAGUCCCUUGUGUGUGCUUACAUAGUCCUGCCCUGCCUGUCAGUCAUUGUUUCAGUAUCUGUUUGUGUGCUCUUGUGUUCUCCUCGUGAUCCUUUUUGGAAGUUUUCUUAUUUUUUAUUCUCAUUUCUACUAUUCGCUGCCCGGUGUUGUCGAUUACUCCUCGACCUUAAUAAAAGGAGAUAUCAAUUCUUCUAGUUGCACUUACAGCCCCGAUGGGAAAGAGGGAGCGUGAAGACACCCAGAUGUCCAAGAAGAUGCCAACUUCCCCAUUUGACUACAGUAGUUCAGAUGAUGCUUCCAAUCAGGUUCCAUCAAAUAGCCAGGACUAUUUCAGCAACAGACCUUCAGAGACAACAAGUAACCCUUACAGGCUGUACCCCAACAGACCUCAACAGACAACAAGUAACCCUGACAGGCUGUACCCCAACAGACCUCAACAGACAACAAGUAACCCUUACAGGCUGUACCCCAACAGACCUCAACAGACAACAAGUAACCCUUACAGGCUGUACCCCAACAGACCUCAACAGACAACAAGUAACCCUGACAGGCUGUAUCCCAACAGACCUCCACAGACAACAAGUAACGAGUACAGCCAGUUCAACAAUCAGCAGGUCCAGAGCAGCAGUGCCUCCACAGAUGAUCCGAAUCAUGUCCGGCUCAUAAACCACCUUCAGUUCAACAGCAGACCCCAACAAACAACAAGUAAACCAGUGGUUGGAGAGAGGUGGAAAACUGGAAGAAUCUGGAACUGGUUCUACAAAUAUUCACACAAAAGAUCAAACUCUGUAGUAGAGUUUUGCACUUGGGGAUUUCCUUGUUCGGCCAAGAAGAAGACUGCCAUGUUUGUGGUCUGCAACGGGAUUACAUUCAAGACAUCACUCAUGAUUUUGUCUACUCUUUUUGGACAUGAAUGGACCUCCCUUACUAAAUGCACAUGAUGCACUUUGAGUAAUAUGAUAUAGGUGCUUCUCUGUGUUAUUUAUCUAUGACCUGAGUAAUGCAGUAAUAUUCCCUGAUCAGUUUAAAGUACAAUAAAAUGGUCUCACGUUUAA